AACGCUCGGUUACAAUGACAACCUAAACGUGUUGAUCGUUCUCUGGAUAUAGCUAGUGUAGCCUGGACAAAUGGACGACACGUGCAAGCGAAUUCCUCUCACUUUUAUUCUGCCAAGCUGUGAGGGACCACAAACCUGUGUGGAUGUUGGAAGAAAUGCGAAACCUGAAGACUUUUCAUUGGUAAGAAAACGUCCGGCAACAGACCUACAACCCAUCCGAGGCGCUUCUGUAUGCCAUCAUGCACGACCACCGAGAUUACGCACAAUACUUGCUGAAUCAGUUUCAGGACGUUGCUCUUGCAAAUCCAGGAGAGCAAUUCUGCUGUUAUCCAACAUCAGAUUCACACCUGGAAAUGGCUAUCCGCCGUGGCAGGAAUGACGUCAUAGCGUUCAUCCUUCAGGUGGUUCAUAGAACACCUUCUCUGCGCUUAUACAUAAACCAGCGUGUGUGCAAACACGAGAGGGAUGGCAAAACUCCACUACAUGUGGCAUGUGAGCUUUUACAACCACAUACCGUCAUAAUAUUAUUGGGAAAUGGGGCUUCACCGCAAGCUGAGGAUCAGAAUGGAAUGACACCACUGGAUCUUCUAUUGAAUAAACUUUGGACCUCCAAAGAGAAUCCAAACUCCAUUAAGUGUAUUAGGGCUUUAAGAAUGUGCAUUGAGAACCUGCUCUUUUUCAUGCCUAAGUUGCAGUUUAAAAUGAAGAGCACACUUAAAGAGGAUCAACUGUUCUGGUCCAAAAUUCUGGGAGAGGAGCAGUAUAACCUUCUAGUGGGAAGAAUUCCUGCAACACUUUUUCUUACAGCUAUGCAGAAAGUCUUGUCUCAACUGCCUCAACAUGAAUUUUCAGAAAGUCUUGAUAAACUGCACAUUCCAGCUUUUCUGAAACCUCACACACACCAUUAACACAGUAAAAAGAGGCCUAUGUUCUUACCAUGCUUUUUGUUGUCUUUUUUCCCAUUUUAAUUU